AUGGAGCAAGCAUGGAGGGAUGAAAGACAAGCCCGACAACAAAGAGAUGAUGAAAUCAUUAAUCUUAGAGAUACAGUAUGUGAAAAUGUUUAUGAAAAAUGUUGGUGGAAAAGAAGAUACACUGCAUGUACUCAACAGGCUCAAAAUUUAAAAAGAUAUUAUCUAGGUUUUGCUGAUAAUCAAGUAUUACCAGCAUUAUAUACCCAUUUACCUCCAGAUCUUCGUAGUAAUAUAAAAAUGUAUAUGGCUAUAAGAGCAGGAGGAGGUGUAAAUCCAACUGUAGAUGAUUUCUUUCAAAAUCUUAAAAAAUGCUGGGUCGAACGUCAAGUCGGAGUAAGUACUUUUACUCAGACAAAUAUAG